AUGAGAAGUUCGUCGUCUGCGCUCCGGAGAGUGGCAUUGCGCCAGCGCCAUCCCUCAGGAACAGGCUUACCAUCAGAAUCUAUCAAUACAGUCGAGGUCAUUGAAAACAAAGUAGAGAAAGUACUCCUCCUAUGGGGCGACCUCCCAGCCUGGCGCCGCGACAAUGCCUUCAUUCACUCUGGCUACUGUCAAAUUCGUCCUUCUUACCGGCACUCGCUUCACUCCCUCUUCAAUCUGCAUAACGAAUCCGUCAACAUCUGGUCGCAUCUCAUCGGUGCCAUUGUCACUGUCGCUAGUUCGCUCUACUUGUACUACGUCAUCCGCCCGCGUUACGAUUCUGCUACGCUAUCUGACGUGCUCGUCUUCGCAUGCUUUAUUGGUGGCGCAGUGUUGUGCCUUGGCAUGAGCGCGACGUUCCAUGCUGUGCUGAACCACAGUCAGAAGGUGGCGCAGUGGGGGAAUAAGCUAGAUUAUAUGGGAAUUGUCGUGUUGAUUGUCGGAAGCUUCGUGCCGGCACUGUAUUAUGCCUUCUUUUGCAUGCCUGCGCUGCUCACGGCGUACUUAUGCCUAAUAUGUCUGCUUGGCACCGGAUGCGCCAUUGCCUCGUGGUUAGAGCAGUUCCGCAGCCCGAAAUGGCGGCCAUACCGAGCCAUAAUGUUCGCCGGUCUUGGCUUAUCCGGCUUUAUUCCUAUUAUCCACGGUGUCACCAUCUACGGCUAUAAGGGGCUCGAGGACAGAAUCAGCGUUACCUGGAUCAUCAUACACGGCGCCAUGUAUCUCUUUGGCGUAGGUGUUUAUGUGGCUCGAUGGCCAGAGAGGAAUUUUCCAGGAGUAUUCGAUAUCUGGGGCAGCUCCCAUCAGAUCUUCCACAUGUUUGUCCUGCUCGCUGCAGCAACGCAUUUUUAUAGCAUGGUGAAGGCAUUUGACUACCAUCACACGGUCUUGGGAUCCCAUUGCUUGACCGAAUAA